AUGGCAGACACCACUGCCCCCGAAAUCGACAAAUGCAAGACAUGCAACCAGCCCGCCGCUGAAGGCCAGGCCUUGAAAAGAUGUGGACGUUGCAAGAGUGUACUCUACUGCUCCCGUGACUGUCAAAAGGCCGACUGGAAACUGCACAACACUCUCUGUGCGAGCCAGGCUCAGUCGAAUGCCGAAAACAACGCUGAUACUACCCUCGGAAAUCAACGCGGUGCACCUCGAGGAGCCAACACUCCAGGUGCCUCACGUGUCUUGGAGAUGGAACUUGAGAACCUCUUUGACAAGCUUUUCGCCGGAACAUGGCUUCAUGAUCGACCAGAAAAGGACGUUUACAAGUUAUUGAUCGACACAUAUCGCAUGCGAGUCGAAGACAACUAUUGUUUCAAAGGAGAUAUUGACAUGGAUAGCAUCUACGGCGAGGCAACUGACGACGGAGAAUCGGGCUUCCGCCGCUUCCUUCGGCUUGUCGAGAUGCAACGUGAACUGCUUCCGAGUUGGUGGUCCCCCGUCAAGGCGAACGAGUGUGUUGCGCUUGGUCUUUCACGCUCGGAGUGGAGCUGUCUCGCUUACGCUGUGGAGAAAUCUGAUAUUAUCGAGCACUACGGACAUUUUAUGCACAAGCAGCUACGAAUGUUCGGUGAGCAGGUUUACGGGACCCCGCCCGCAUGA